AUGGUGUCCACUAAGAAGCAGAAAAAGGCCCAGGAGAGCAUCAACUCUCGCCUUGCCCUCGUCAUGAAGUCCGGCAAGUACACCCUCGGCUACAAGUCGACCCUGAAGUCGCUCCGCCAGGGUAAGGCCAAGCUCAUCAUCAUCUCAACCAACUGCCCUCCCCUGAGGAAGUCCGAGAUUGAGUACUACGCCAUGCUUGCCAAGACUGGUGUCCACCACUACACCGGCAACAACAUCGAUCUUGGUACUGCCUGCGGUAAGUACUUCCGCGUGUCCUCGCUCAGCAUCACCGACCCUGGUGAUUCGGACAUCAUCCGUCAGCUGCCUGGCAACCAGUAA